UGAUGGGUCAGUUAAUGACAACUGGUCUCUGUCGUAUUCUACCAUGGUUAGGAGAUCUCUUAUAAGAGUUCUCCUACCAUGAUUGAAUUACGGUCAACUGAUCAAAGUUCUGAUCGAAAUGCUACGCAUCAGAACACCCUAUAUAUUGAAAGUACGUGGUCCCGCUUAGUAAAAAUUGGACAUUAAGUUUCUAGAAUUUAAGGGUCCCCAGCCUUCUUUAGCGCGGGACAAAUUCCGGGCUAGCGGCAUGUGAUAGCGGGGUGACUACUGAAGAGAAACAACGUCAUUCUUGCGACGAGCAGAAAAAUUCCGAAAAGCAUUAGACAAACUUCAAGUUUAAGCUCAGCAAGAUGUUCACAGGAUUAGUCGAGGAGAUCGGAGUGGUCGCCGAGCUCAACCCGCACGACGAGACCGGCGGCACCUCGCUGACCAUCAGCCUCCCCGCAUCCUCCACCCUGCUCGCCGACGCGAAGCUCGGCGACAGCAUCUCCGUCAACGGCGUGUGUCUGACGGCCACCGACCUCUCCAACAUCACCGGCGGUAGCGAUGAUAACAACCCUCCUAGCUUCAAGGUGGGCAUCGCGCCCGAGACCCUGCGGCUGACGAACCUGGGGUUGCUGACGAAAGGCUCGGGAGUCAACCUCGAGAGGGCGGUGCGCGCGGACUCGCGGAUGGGCGGGCACUUCGUGCAGGGGCACGUGGACGCCGUGGCGGAGAUCGUGCGCGUGGUCGAGGACGGGAACGCGCUCACGUUCCGGUUCAAGCCCCGCGGCGGCGACAAGGAGGCGUCCGACGUCCUAAGGUACAUAGUGUACAAGGGCUACGUGGCGCUGGACGGCACGAGCCUGACGGUGACGCGGGUCGACGACGCCGAGGGCUGGUUCGAGGUCAUGCUGAUCGCGUACACGCAGCAGAAGGUCGUGGUCGCGCGCAAGCGCGCCGGCGACACCGUCAACGUGGAGGUCGAUGUGCUGGCUAAGUACGCCGAGAAGUCGAUGGCGGGCUAUCUGGGCGCGCAGGGCGAGAUCUUGGUUAAGCCGAUAUUGGAGGGGAUGGUGGAGAAUUUGGUUGCGCAGGCUAUGGGGGGGCAUUCUUAAUGGGAAGGUGUUGUUUGAUGAUGAUGUUGUCGUUGUUGUCUAGGAAAGCCUGGGUUUUGGGAAGUCAGGUUUGUUGAUAAGAUGUGCUUGGAUCUUUCUUAGCUAGAUGCUUGCUACUGCUCAGAUGGAGAUCGAGGGAAUUUCCAAGCUUCUCGAUCAAGAGAUAUAAUUCCCCUGUAUAUGCUACG